CUCCGACUUCCGAGUUGGAUGCAAUCUACCGUAUCUUUCUUUCAGGUCCAAGCAAGAAGCUCUGUCUGCUACCGGUAUGCUGCUUCUACUAUUUCAUCGUCCGAUAUUAAUAGAACUAACUCCAGCAGAUAUAUCUUGAUCAGCAUUCACUUGGAACCAUGACCGAGACGAAUCCUGCCCUGAGAGGCACAGAUCCCUCUUCUGCCGAAGCUGCUGGAACCGCCGCUCUGUUGCAGGCUUUGGUGCCCAUGGUGAUCCCCCUCAUUUGCAAACAAGUCAGUCAGUCUAUGAUUGAUGAUCCGGGACAAACGGUUCUUUUGAACGAAGAGCCGCUCAAGGAAGGCGACAAGGCCCCGGUUUUGCAGGAUAUUCAGCUCAAGUUGACGAGCAUGGCAUUGGUAGACCCUGACACGCUCAAGAGUGAUAUGGAGAAAAUGCCCAAGUUUGCAUGGCCAGAAGCAAAUCGUUAUGCCCACUUGAUGAAGAAUCAACGCAUGACCGUCUUGGAUAUCAGCGCCUUGACGCUGACCAUUCUGUUGGGCAAAGGAAUUGAAUUUGCAUUUCCUACUGUCAGUACGUUUGGCAAAAAGAUCAAUCUAGAAGUGGGCUGUGGAGGAAAGAACAUUGGAGACGAUGCUUAUUUUGAGUUGCACAUUCCCAAACUGCGUCUCUGGAUUGUCCUCAACGAGCAGAUUAUCCAACCGCCAUCCACCAAAAAGCAUGUCUACACCAAAGUCUAUGCUGCCCUCCUGGGAAGACCCAACCUAACACCCCAUGUCCACAUCAAUGCCGACCGAGGCAAGGGUGACUUUUUUGAGAUGGAUCUAGCGGAAGAAGGAUCGUUAGAUGAGGUUGUGGAAAACGUGUUGAUGGCAUUUGGUCCCAGUGAGUACAAGGAAGAGGCUGAAAAGGACAAGAAAAAGACCAAGGAUAGUUGGGUGGGCAAUGCCCUUGGGAAACAGAUCCGAAAACUAUUGGACAAGUUUGUUGGGUUGAACGAAAACAAGCCCUACGAACUCGACAUGACAGAGUCCAUUACCGAUUCCGUGGAGGGCAAACCACGCCAAGUGGCGGACAUUGAAGCCGACCUCGAACGCAUUCAACAAGAACUAGAGAUUGCCAAGAAAUAUUAUCAGGAACAUCCGGAUGAAGUCAAGGUUGCCAAAGAUGAUGAGAAAAAGGAGUCGAAUUAAAGUAGACGGAACAGAUGAAGAAAGGAGAAUAAGAUGAUUGGAUCUUCUUAUUGGAUUUUAUGGACUCUUGCGCCAAGGUUGCUCAAGAGUGAUCACCGUAGACAUUCUGCACGGUAAACUAGCUUAACUCUCGAAUCUAGCUUGCCGGCAUGGAGCAACGAC